AUCUCGUUUAGUUUGCUUGGAGUGCCCUACCGCUUGUUUGGGUUCAGUCUCUCAUCUGUUUUUGUUUGCAGACGUUUCUCUCUCUUCAGACCUAACCCUAGUUUUUUGUUACUGCGGCUUCAAGAAUGGGUGAAGCAAAGGACAAUGAUACGUACCAGGAGGAGCUUCUCGACUACGAAGAGGAGGAGGAAAUAGCCCCCGAUUCCAUCACGGCCAAAGGUGCCAGUGAAUCGGUCAAAAAGGGCUAUGUUGGGAUUCACAGUUCAGGAUUUAGGGACUUUCUUUUGAAACCAGAACUUCUUCGAGCUAUUGUGGACUCUGGAUUUGAGCACCCUUCAGAAGUGCAACACGAAUGCAUCCCUCAGGCUAUCCUUGGGAUGGAUGUCAUUUGUCAAGCUAAAUCGGGGAUGGGGAAAACAGCUGUCUUCGUUCUUUCAACCCUGCAGCAGAUUGAGCCAGUUACAGGUCAAGUUGCUGCGCUGGUUUUGUGCCAUACGAGGGAGUUGGCAUACCAGAUUUGCCAUGAGUUUGAGAGGUUCAGCACUUAUUUGCCGGAUAUUAAAGUUGCUGUAUUUUACGGUGGAGUGAACAUCAAAACCCACAAGGAACUGCUUAAAAAUGAGUGCCCUCACGUUGUUGUUGGCACCCCUGGGAGAAUUUUGGCUUUGGCAAAUGAUAAAGACCUUAACUUGAAGAAUGUCAGGCAUUUCAUUCUUGAUGAAUGUGACAAGAUGCUUGAGUCUCUUGAUAUGCGGAAAGACGUGCAGAGCAUUUUCAAGAUGACUCCUCAUGACAAACAGGUUAUGAUGUUCUCGGCUACGCUCAGCAAAGAGAUUCGACCUGUAUGCAAGAAGUUCAUGCAAGAUCCCAUGGAAAUAUAUGUCGAUGAUGAGGCCAAGUUGACUCUUCACGGACUCGUGCAGCACUACAUUAAGUUGAGCGAGCUUGAAAAGAAUCGCAAGUUAAAUGACCUCUUGGAUGCGUUGGAUUUCAAUCAAGUUGUGAUCUUUGUUAAGAGUGUGAACAGAGCUGCUGAGCUCAACAAAUUGCUUGUGGAGUGCAAUUUUCCUUCUAUUUGCAUCCAUUCUGGGAUGUCUCAAGAAGAAAGGUUGACCCGGUACAAAGGCUUUAAGGAGGGGCACAAGCGGAUUCUUGUGGCCACUGAUCUGGUUGGCAGGGGGAUAGACAUUGAGCGUGUGAAUAUUGUGAUAAAUUAUGACAUGCCCGAAUCUGCAGACACAUACUUACACAGGGUUGGUCGUGCUGGUCGGUUUGGUACCAAAGGACUAGCAAUCACAUUUGUCGCCUCUGCUUCUGAUUCAGAUGUCCUUAAUCAGGUUCAGGAAAGGUUUGAGGUGGAUAUAAAGGAGCUGCCAGAGCAAAUCGACACUUCAACUUACAUGCCAUCGUAAUGCCCAUGGGUGAUAAAUCUCUCGAGGAUUCUUGGAGCCUGGCUUACAAAAAAACCUUUACAUGGGGCUAGCAGAUGCUUCUGUAUUUAUGUGGCAACACGUUCCGUAGAGUUCUUUUGUAACUUGGCCUUUGUUUGCCUAUAUUAGAUUCUCAUGGCUCCUAAAUUCUCUGAUUCACCAUAUCUUGCAUAUGUUUUAGAUGCUUAGAAAUGACGAUAUGGACUUGAAAUGGCAGUUCUUCAACCAAUCGCACAGGUUGGGUAGCAUUUUGCUUUAUUUUUUGAAGUUGGGCUGUUGUAUUUUUUAUUUCGUUCUCCUUUUGCGUGGUUGGCCCGUCUAUUGCUUUGUCACGUCUUAAAUGUGAUUUACGUCUUAAAUGUGAUUUUC